AUGUAUGCGACUUUCCGGUGUCGUUAUCCUUACUUGCUUAGUGAGUGGACCAUGUCCAUGCAACGCGAACAGAGAGCGAAGGUGUUCGCGUCACUAUACGGGACGCGUCUUGCCUACAUUUGGGUGCUCAGCUUCGCCUCGCCUAUGUUAAGUGCAAUCAAAAUUCCGCUUUGGGAAAGCGAAUUCUCAGAAAUUACGCUGGAAGGUGUGAUUCGCCCAUUCAAUGACUGUGUAGAACCUAUUCAGGGAACUGUACAGACACGGUUCUGUGGCAUGCUGGUGUCUGCCGCAGACCUCGGCUAUAGCACUUUGGAAGUGUCGAAGAGCCAGUUAAUAAGCUUGAAUGGAACUUCGAGGCGACCAUCUCUCUGUAUCUUCUGA